AUGCACAACUACAUCACCCAUUCUAUCGGCCUCCCGUGGACCUUCUACUCGACAGAGUGCCCUACGCUCGAGUCCAUGAUGGAGCUCGCGGUCAAGCCGACCACCGCAGGCCUCGUGGUGACAAUGCCCUACAAAACGUCCAUUAUUCCACAUCUUGAUGAGGUCGAUGAGCUGGUCACGAGCAUCGGUGCCUGCAACAACGUUUACUACAAGCCUGGGAGCCCAAGGAAGCUAUGUGGCACCAACACCGACUGGCGCGGGGUGAAAGGCUGCCUCCUCGAGAAGGGCGACGACGGCGCAAGAGGCACUGCGGCAAACCCGGUGACGGGCCUCAUUGUUGGUGCUGGAGGGGCCAGUCGCGCUGCCAUCUACGCCUUGGCCUCCCAUCUGCAUUGUCCUAAUAUUUACGUUCUCAACCGUGAUGAUAAGGAGGUCGAGGACUUAGUGUCCGACUCCAAGAAGCUGCCUUGCGUCCCUCGGAUCACCCAUAUCAAGUCCCUUGAGCAGGCCAAGGGCCUGGAAGCCUCACCUUACCACAUCGUUGGCACAGUGCCCGACUUUGAACCGCAGACAGAUGCCGAAAAGAACGUGGCUCUCAUACUGAGACACUUCCUCGAGCGACCUCAAAAGGGGGUGUUGUUGGACAUGUGCUUUAAGCCGAGGAGGACUAGGAUGAUCAAGCUUGCGGAAAGCCUGGGCUGGCAGUGUGUGGAAGGGACUCAUGUCAUUGGGUAUCAGAUGGAGCAGCAGUGGCGCCUGUGGGCGGGAGAGGAUGCAGUCAAGAACCUGGAUGUCAAGGGUGCGUGGGCAACGUUGCUCAAGGCAGCCGAGGAAAGUAAAGGUAUCAAUGUCUAG